AUGGCUGAUGGUGAAACUCCACAACAAAACGGCGACAAGGAGUACAUCAAGCUGAAAGUCGUCGGACAGGACGCAAAUGAAGUACACUUCCGUGUCAAGUAUGGAACCUCGAUGGGAAAACUCAAGAAGUCGUACGCGGAUCGGACUGGCGUCAGCGUCGUUUCAUUACGUUUCCUCUUUGAUGGCCGACGCAUCGCCGAUGAAGACACCCCGAAGUCGCUCGAAAUGGAAGAAGAUGACGUCAUUGAGGUGUACGCCGAGCAAUUGGGUGGUUACGAAAAUGAGGUCAAU